UAACACCCAUUCGCAUCCUCCCAGUUCCUUAAACGGAUAAUAACAGUCACGUGUGUAACGCUUACGUCACUGCCGUACCUUCAGAAUAGCGACCAUUUUCAUCGUUUACCGCGUGCAAUUGAAACGCAAUGAAUCAAGAAAAGUUAGCCAGACUUCAGGCACAGGUUCGAAUAGGAGGAAAGGGCACAGCUCGCAGAAAGAAGAAGGUAGUGCAUAGGACUGCAACAGCUGAUGACAAAAAACUACAAAGUUCAUUAAAGAAGCUGGCAGUGAACAACAUUGCUGGCAUUGAGGAGGUGAAUAUGAUCAAAGAUGAUGGAUCUGUCAUUCAUUUCAACAAUCCCAAAGUCCAAGCUUCCCUCUCUGCAAAUACAUUUGCAAUUACUGGUCAUGCAGAGGCUAAACAGAUUACAGAAAUGCUUCCAGGCAUUUUAAACCAGUUGGGCAUGGACAGCUUUUCGAGUCUCAGAAAGCUGGCAGAAAGAGUUUUAGACAGCAAGGUACCUAAACCGGAAGACAUUGAUGAAGAUGACACUGUGCCAGAUCUUGUAGAAAACUUUGAUGAGGCAUCAAAGAAUGAAGCCAACUGAGUGUCGGUGGAUGGGAAGUUAACAAUGGACUUUAUUUAUGGGGCCUGUUUGGUUCCACAUUUUAAUUCAGCAUUGAGCAGUAUUCCACCACAUGGGACUGCUGCUUUCACAGAUUGUUUCCUACUUAAGGUGCUGAUGCAUCUUUCAUUAUGCAUUUUGCACUAAAAUGCAGCAACUACUUUUUGGGUCUAAAUGUUGGUAAGGUUAUUGAGAUGAACUAACAGGCUGGGUCAGCCAGUUUGUGCAGUCAAGAGCAAUUUGGGACAAGCGUUAUUUAAGGUUUUCCUUUGAAAGUAAACUUAAAAUAAAUUUAAUUCUUGUGCUUUUCUUGAAUGAUUUAUCAGUUUCCUAGAAUAUGCACUUGUUGCAGCAUUCGGCAUAAAGGUUUAAACUGACAUCUUUUAGAGUGCAUUAGAGCCAUUAAGGAAGUACCCUUUAAAACUAGACAAUUUUUUUUUUUGUCCAGAAGGUAAUUGGUGUGAAGAUGGUCACUGAUUUUAUAUCAGGUAAUCUUUUUCCAAUAAAUUACUAACAUACAUUUGUAA